UCUCAUCUCCAAAAAUUAACUCAAACAACCUUGAAUUCUCUAGCAAAACAUAAAAUGGAUCUAAUGUUUAAUCCAUCAUCGUCCGGGAAUGGAGAAGAUCUGUCAUCCCGAAGAAGCGUAUGGGUAAACGGGCCGGUAGUUGUUGGGGCAGGGCCAUCGGGUUUAGCCGUAGGAGCAUGCCUAAAAGAGCAAGGGGUGCCUUUUGUAGUCCUAGAAAGAGCUGAUUGUAUAGCCUCACUUUGGCAAAACCGUACUUACGAUAGGGUUAAACUCCACCUCCCUAAGCAGUUUUGUCAACUGCCCAAAAUGCCUUUCCCUGACUCUUUCCCUGAGUACCCUACUAAGAGACAGUUUAUUGAAUACCUUGAGUCCUACGCAAUGCACUUUGAGAUCAACCCCCAUUUCAACGAGUGUGUCCAAUCUGCCAAGUACGACAACACUUUCGACCUUUGGCGUGUCAAGACCGUAGAUCAGGGUCCAGCUGGGCGGGAGAUUGAGUACUUGUGCCGGUGGCUCGUGGUGGCCACUGGGGAAAAUGCUGAGUGUGUGGUUCCUGAUAUUGACGGCCUUGCCCAUUUCGGCGGGAAGGUGAUCCACUCAAGUGAGUACAAGUCCGGUGAUUCCUUUCGUGGACAGAAGGUUCUAGUUGUUGGGUGCGGGAACUCAGGCAUGGAGGUCUCCCUAGACCUCUCGAACCACGAUGCACAACCUUUUAUGGUUUGCCGUAACUCGGUUCAUAUCCUCCCUAGAGACAUAAUGGGAAAAUCGACGUUCGAGUUAGCAAUGUUACUAAUGAAGUGGAUACCUCUCUGGUUGGUUGACAAAAUAUUACUGUUUUUCGCAUGGGUUAUACUUGGUGACAUGCAGAAGUAUGGGCUCAAAAGGCCAAACCCCGGUCCACUUGAGCUAAAAAACGAGCAAGGAAAGAGCCCUGUGUUGGACAUUGGUGCCUUGGCGAAAAUUCGUUCCGGAGAUAUCAACGUUGUGCCUGGAAUCAAGACGUUCUACGCAAGCAGCGUCGAGCUCGUUGAUGGUGUGACAAUGGAAGUUGAUUCAGUCAUUCUCGCCACCGGGUAUCGUAGCAAUGUCCCUUGGCUUCAGGAAGGUGAGUUCUUUAACAAGAAUGGAUAUCCGAAAACCCCAUUUCUAAAUACAUGGAAAGGAAGAAGUGGACUUUAUUCAGUCGGGUUUUCAAGGAAAGGUCUUGCUGGUGCUUCGUUCGACGCCACACAAAUUGCUCUAGAUAUUGGCCAAGCUUGGAAGCAAGAAACUAAGCAAAAGAAACUCAGGACACCUCCCUUUAGGAGGUGUAUUUCCACUUUACUCAGCGCACCUCGUUUUAGGAGGUGUAUCUCCACCUUUUAAUUACAUUUAAAAUUCAAUGGCAAAUUCUUAUAAGAGACGAUCAUUACAUAGAUAUAUGAUAGAAACAUUUCUUUGAUUCUUUAAUUUGAUUCUUUGCAACACUUGUACAAUUUUCCAAGGUCACGUUGAAAUGCAAAAAGUUUUAUUUAAUUUUUGUAAAUUUAAUCUUCAAGAUGUUCCUGAAAUCAAUAUAUAUAUAGUAGAGAUCGUUGUAAUACCUUCUUGUGCUGAAGAUCAAACUGUGAUUAA